CAAGUAUCUCUCAGAAAAUGAACUUCUAUAAACCGACAACCGAUUACACCGAUUCCAAGAUUGUCGAGAAGGCUAUGACUACUAUGCAACGUUUUAUGCAGCCCAACAAGAAACAGAAAGUUGAAAUGGGACCGAAUGCUAGCGCAUCGUUCACAUCAAAUUCGAUACCUGUAGAGAGUAUGGUUUCCGAAACAGUGAAGAACAUACGUCAAUUUGUGGAUAGAGAAACUUAUUGCAACCAAAUGAAUCCAUCUAACAGAUAAGAGACACGUUCUUGUUCAGCGUUGGGGUACGCAAUUGUACGUAUGCAUCCGAGAUUACUACCAGACGGAGGAAGGUGGUGAAUUUAAACCAAGUAGAAAGGGUAUUAAUCUUCCAAUCAGUCAAUGGUACGAAAUGCUACAUCGAACAUGUGAGGUCGAAGACAUGCUAAGUAAAAUUAGCGGUAAAGAUGUAAAUGAACCAAUGAAGAACGUGCAAGAUCCCAUGGAUAGAAAAACUGUUACAGCAUCCAAACGUAUUCAUCUAACAGAAAACAGACACGUUGUUGUUCAGCGUUGGGGUACGCAAUUCUAUGUGUGUAUCAGAGACUUUUAUCAACCGGAGAAGGCGGUGACUUUAAACCAACUAGGAAGGGUAUCAAUCUUCCAGUCAGUCAAUGGUAUGAAAUGCUACAACGAACCGGUGAAGUUGAAGACAUGCUACGUGAAAUUAAUGGCGAAGAUGACUGUGGUAUAGGAAGGGACGAAUAUGACAAUGGAAAAACUUACCCGAUCAAGUAUUC